UGUUUUGUUUUUUUUUUUCUGAAUGAUGGAGUGUUUUGUUUAUCUCGUUUUCAAUCAAUAAAUAACUUGCGAUGCUUGAGACAAUCAGUGAAAAUCCAGGCCAUGAUUCUUGAAUUCACAUUGCGUGCACAUUAGGAGUAUUGCAUUCUCUUUCUAUGUUCUUUGUUUCCUAUCCUUUUCAUCAAUUUUCUUAUCAUUCAGUAGGUAGUGAUUUGAAGUUUCAUAUGAUUGACAGGGUUCUAAGCAGAGGUUGGUCUGUCGUUUCUUUCCAGUUCAUUUCUUCAGAUUCACUCUAAAAUGAAACGAGAACAACAACAAAACAAAACAUAGAAACAUAGUGAGAUUCGUUUCUAGGUUACUUACUGACUCUUUAAUUAACACAACUCAGUAGAUCUUUGGGUUAAACAAAAAGUGAUAUGGUUAAGUGGAAUAGAGAAUAUGAAUGUUUUGUUGAGUAGUAUAGUCUGUGACUGACUGUACAAAAUGUUAGGUAGCUAUAUUAGGCUUAGAGACUGUCCUACCUUUAUCUUUUUCAAAUGAGUGGAAUCAAAUGACCAAUUCAAGAGAAUCAAAUACAUACAAGCAUGUGUGUGUUUGUGUGUGGGGGCACUUUUUGAUCCUUGGAUUCUAGUUUAAAACUGAUUUGGUCUUUAGCAAUUAUGAUUCCUGAAUUACACUGAUCUUUUUUUUCUCAGUGUUCCAUAAUUGAUAACUCAUAAACAACUUUGAGUAUCUAUAUGUAUUUAAACUCACUAGCUCUUUUUGUAUUCUCUUUUGCACUUUUUCUUGACUGUUUCUCAGGAAAAUAAAAAAAAGUUAAAUAGAAAAUGAGAACAGAGGGGGUGUGUUGAAUUAUUUGCAUGUGUCAUGUGUUCUCCUGCAGAUAAACCCAUUUGGGUACAAUUUUUAUUCUAUGUUAUUUGUUUGAUUCCAUAGCAGCAUAUUUUGACUAUAUAGCCCCACUACAUAUAUAGCAAGCAAAAGAUUUUCAGAACAUUAAUGAGAAAAAAAUGAAAAAGAAAAAGAAAAGUAGAUCGGAUCAUGAAAAGAAAAUGGUACUACACACGCAAGUUGUUUUAUUCUUCUUCCUUGGACAUUUCUUGAUUGUUUAUUCCUUGAAAGAAAAACACAUUUUCUUUUUAUAUAUGAGCCACAUUGUCCCCACAACUUUGGAUCAAUCUGUGACCACUUGAUAUUGUAGGCAUGUAUCUCCCUCUCUCGGUGUACUCAUGUACAUAAAUGUAUAUGCAUACAUCUCUCUCUUAUGACCAAAAAAGUGUAGUGUUAGCCAUUAGUGAGAUCAUCAUCUCUUCAAACUCCUUAUCUGCUCUUCAAUUAUAAAGUGAAGAUCCGUUAAUGAUGGAGACUGUGAAGCCAUUGGAUGUUGUUACUUCAGGAAAAGGAAAACUGAGACGCGCGUUUGUGAAAGUUAUCAACAUUAAAAAGCUAACCGGUGUGGUUCCAGAAGGUGACAAGGUAGAUAAAGACUUAGUGAAGAAUGCUGCAAAUCUUUCAGAGUCAUUCGACAAGCUGGAGGAAGAGUACGAGAAAAGACUCGCCAUGGAAGCUCUUCUCGCAAAGCUAUUCGCUACGGUCUCUUCCAUAAAGUCAGCUUACGCGCAGCUGCAGUACGCUCAGUCACCGUACGAUCCAGCUGGGAUACAGAGAGCAGACGGCUUGGUGGUCUCGGAGCUGAAGACAUUGUCUGAACUCAAACAGAGCUUCUUGAAGAAAGAGUUCGAUGCUUACCCCGAUAGAACUCUAGCUCUCGCCGAGAUUCAAGAGCUGAGAAGCUUGCUAAAGACUUACGAGAUCACGGGGAAGAAGAUGGAGUGUCAGCUGAAGCUUAAAGACUCUGAGAUCAUCUUCCUCAAAGAGAAGUUUCAAGAAUCGUUGUCUCAGAACAAGUCGAUGGAGAAGAGACUACUUAACCAAAGCGGUCCACUGGAUCGUAACAGUCCGUCUCAUUUCGUUACUUACCUCCACCACACAGUCAAAUCGAUCAGAGGAUUCGUCAAAGUAAUGAUCGAGCAGAUGAGGUUCGCGGGGUGGGACGUCGUUACAGCAGCUGAUUCGAUACAGAGUGGAGUCUUGUACUACAAGCAAGACCACACGUGUUUCGCCUUCGAGCAUUUCGUUUGUAAAGUAAUGUUCGAAGCCUUUCAUCUACCUUACUUCUCAACCGAAUCAUCAUCGAGUAAGAGCAGCAGAGAGAUGUUCUUCGAGAGGUUCAGUGAGCUCAGAUCAGUGAAAGCGAGAGAGUAUAUCACGUCACGGCCUAAGUCGAGAUUCUCGAGGUUCUGCAGAGGGAAGUAUCUGCAGCUCGUGCAUCCGAGGAUGGAGCUCGCGUUCUUCGGACACAACCAGGUCUCCACCGCCGGGGAGUUUCCGGAGACGAGUUUCUGCGCCGCGUUUUUGGAGAUGGCGAGACGGGUUUGGCUCUUGCAUUGCCUCGCGUUCUCUUUCGACCCCGAAGAAGCUUCGAUCUUUCGAGUUUCCGAGGGUUCUAGGUUCUCGGAAGUGUACAUGAGGAGCGUGUCGGAAGAGAGCUUGUUGUUGUCGGAAUCUGAGCCGAGAGUUGCGUUUACUGUGGUUCCUGGGUUUAGAAUCGGGAAGACUUCGAUACAGUGCGAGGUUUACCUGUCUCGUUCCAAGUCAACGCCUUGUGGAUCUGAUAAAGAUCCGUAAUCGGACGGUGUAAGAUUCCUACUGGGGUGUUAUGGUAAUUUUAGGUGGUUGGGAUGUUUUUUUUGGUUUAGGAAAAUAAAUGAGGAGAAAAAUUUGCUGACCGUUGGAUUAAGUCUGUGACUGUUGCGAUUAUGUCUGUGCCUCUCUUUUUUUUUGUUUUAUAUUUUGAUCAGAGAGACAGAAGCAUCUUUGAGCUGUUCUCCUCCAUCAAUUAUUUAGUUAUAUCGUCACUAUCCUUCUAUCCUAUGUAAAUAAUUCGUAAUAAUAUGAGAUAUUAUUGUCA